GCUGAUAUUGUCAUUUAUAUGUAAAAGAAGACACGUAGACGUGUACGUAAAGACGAGUUUGAGGAUUUUAAAACUGUCUUGUAAAGCUCCACCUCUGGACGGGCGCACUGGGGCGGGCUCGAGACGCGUCUACCUGCUUCAGCCCCGUUAUUUAAAAGCUUCUGAGACUGACGCGCUGUCCACUCUACAAACAUAUGCUACUCUGUGGGGAUUAGCCUAUGGUUAAAUCAAAUAACUUAACGGAAAAGAUAUAGUAAUAUAUAAUAAGAAAAUACUGUCUUGGAAGUGACGGAUAACGUUUUCUUUAUUCCUCGGUUUGAAUUAUAACGUUGACAUACAGAAGUUUCCAGCGGUCUUCUGUACGGAACGAAGUAUCACGCCGAAGAAUUGAUGGAGAUUUUGCGAAUUGAAAAAUUCCCUGGACAACUGCAUUUGCUUUGCACAUGAUAAUACAGUUUUACAGAGACAGGUUACAGUUACGACCUGGUUUACAGCCUGAUCAUUUGAAAACCUAUAGUCAAUAACUUUUUUUAUUCUGUAGUUAAAACCAUCCAUGUACUGGUGUUUUAAAGUACCCAGCACACUGAUCUGAAGAUCCUAUAAUGUAACAUAAAGAAACUUUUUAUCUCAAGGGGAUCAUACAGGCAAAAUGGUUCUCAAGAAAAAGGUUCUUUUCUGAACAGUUGAAGAACCUAAGGUCAUAUGGCGUGAAGCAGAGGAGAAGAGGACAGAACAUUGUUUUCCAAGUGAUUUUAUAUUUAGGAGUGAUUACACCCUUAUCAUCAUCAUCAUCAUCAUCAUCAUCAUCACAGACUGGAUGUAAAGAUGACAAGCGUCUGGUUUGCUCUGCUGGGCUUCUUGUGGAGCUCAUAUUUGGCAGGUAGUUCUGUACUGGACGGCUCUGAGCUUCAGCCCAACUUUAUACAUCGGAGGUUACGGAAUCAGGAGAAGAGAGAGAUGCAGAAAGAGAUUCUGUCCAUACUGGGACUGAACCACAGACCUAGACCUCAUCUGAACAGCGGCAAAUAUAAUUCAGCACCCCUCUUCAUGCUGGAUCUGUACAACACCAUGUCCACUGAAGAGAAGAGCGACGUGGAUCAGUACAGAUCACUGUUUACCACCACACGACCCGCUUUAGCUUCACUUCACGACACCGAGUUCCUGCACGACGCGGACAUGGUCAUGAGUUUUGUAAAUUUGGUGGAAAAUGACAGGGAGCUGUCUCCACAGAGACGACACCAUAAAGAGUUCAAAUUCAACCUGUCCCAGAUCCCAGAGGGAGAGGCCAUCACAGCUGCAGAAUUCAGGAUCUACAAGGAGUGUGUCACCAGGGCCUUUCGCAAUGAGACAUUCCUACUUAGUGUGUUUCAGGUGGUUGGGGAACACCCAGACAGGGAUGCCGAUCUGUUUCUGCUGGAAUCUCGCAGGUUGUGGCCGGCUGAAGAAGGUUGGCUGGAGUUUGACUUUACAGCAACUAGCAAUCUCUGGGUGAUGAGUCCACAACAUAACCUGGGUCUACAGAUCAAUGUGGAGACCAGCAGUGGAUGGAGCAUCAGUCCCAAGGAAGCAGGGUUAGUGGGUCGUGAUGGCGCUCUGGAGAGGCAGCCUUUCAUGGUGGCCUUUUUCAAAGUAAGCGAAGUCCGUAUUCGCACUGCCCGGUCAACGGGCAGACGUCGUCAACAGAACCGCAAUCGCUCCAACAGUCCACAAGAGGCGACAAAGGGAACCACUCAUACAGAUUACAACAGCAGUGAUCAGAAGACCGCCUGCAAAAAGCAUGAACUGUAUGUCAGCUUCAGAGAACUGGGCUGGCAGGACUGGAUUAUUGCACCUGAGGGCUACGCAGCAAACUACUGUGAUGGAGAAUGCUCUUUUCCCCUAAACGCCCAUAUGAACGCUACUAAUCAUGCUAUAGUACAGACACUGGUCCAUCUGAUGAAUCCAGAGAACGUCCCAAAGCCAUGUUGCGCUCCCACCAAACUGCACGCGAUCUCCGUGCUCUACUAUGAUGACAACUCCAAUGUCAUUCUGAAAAAAUACAAGAACAUGGUGGUGCGCUCAUGUGGCUGCCACUGACAUGGGACACGUACCCUCCUGCCCGACAGCUGCAUCGCAGACACUGACAAAUGUGUGUAAGGACUGACAAAACAAAAUGACAAGCGUUAUGAACAAAUGUGAGAGUACGUCUCGAUAGUGGAUCCAGGUUUGCUGCUUUCUCCUUAUCUUCACACCUAGGACCAUUUCUCAUGGGACAUUUCAGAUCCUACAAACUGCCAAGAGGAUGUACAUCUGAAUCUACAGAUCAGAAAAUGAACCCAAAGAAAAUGUAAAUUAUGAGCUAAAAUGCAAUACGUAUUUAAAUUAGUGUUUUACUUACCAAAGUCUUUAAAGGGGUCACGUCAUACAUCAUUUAAUUUCUGAGUUCCGCUUAUAAUGUUACAAAAGUUUCACCAAAAGAGCCAAAAUAGUUUUUUCUAAUACUAUUUUAAACCCUUUCUCUGACCCUUGGAAUUACACAGGAUGUUUUUUUUUGCUGCUGCUGCUGCUGCUAUGCCUUUAGACAUCUUGUUCUACAGUCUUUAUCUGUCUGAUAGUUCCAGAACAAGUUGUUUUUGCAACUUUCAGGAACUUCCUCCCCAAUAUAAAUAGACAAUUUGAGUUACAGUAGCUCUUUUAUUUCAAAAGAAACUUUGGUUCCUCAUGAUAUGACCCCUUUAAUAUCUAAAACGGUCCUGAAGCACAGAAAUCUGAACAGGAAAGUUUCUACUGUUUCGUCUAUUUUUGAUGAAGUCACUUGAACCCACAGGACUCUAUUUUAGGUCUCAAAAAAAUCAAAUUAUUUUAAGUUUCUCAAUAUUUGCUCUGCACUACCUGUGGUUUGCAUCAGUGAGUCAGAGCGAGUGGUUACACACUUCAACAGAACUCAAAGAACGGAACCAUUAUGUUGCUGUUCCAAGGAUGGAACUCUUUCUUUUUUUGAUGCCGUCAAACACCACAGAUCUAUAAUUUUCCUGCAACACCUGCACCUCGGAUGGCUUACAUCCAAAACCUCCCACAAGACACAAGGACCUACGGAUAAUUUAAGGUUUUUCAGCAACAAACCAAUAUUCUAUGCCAACAUCCUCAUAUGGGCUGUAGAUUUUCCACCAUCUCAUGUCAAUAUUUAUUGUCAAACCUAACUACGCAGCUACCCAUCUUUUUUUUUUUCACUGUGAGCCGUUGAAUGGUACAAAGCUCUUUCUGGACAGGCUACAUUGUGUAUUUUCAUCAUUGUAGCAAUAUCAAUAACAAUUUUCCAAAUAUUGUCAUUUUUAUGAUCCUAAUUAUAUCACAUACCUCCCAUAAACUGCUGUUUACAUGUCUUAACCAUAUUUGGAUGUUUGUGUGUAAAUACUUGUACAUUUUACAGUUUAUUUAUUGCUCCUUUUAUGAAUCAUACACCACAGAGAUCAUAUAACAAGAGUAAAGGAAGAAAAUUAAAACGGCUAUUUUUGGAAAAAGACAUUUUAUUAUGAAAUUUGUCAAUGUGCCUUUUUUUUUGUACAAAAACCCCCAGGCAGUGUGUGUACCUCUCUCACACAGAGGACAAAAAUACUGCGUUUUUCAUCGAGGUCGGCCAUGGCCAUGUGCCUCCCAUAAAGACUGAAUAUAUGUGGUUUCUCUGAUUGCUUUUCCCUUCCUUCUCUUUCAGAUCCAGUAAAACAGAAAAAUAAACAUUUCAGUGUGGGAACAUUUAAAAGGAAAAAUGCAAAUUACAUUUGUAUAAAUCAAUGAAACCACUUGAGAGCAUCAGAGAACACAUACAAGUACUAUCAGCAUUCUUCAAGCAAUGAUACCAGGCAACACUAGUGUCUGAAUGAAGUGGUUGACUGCAUGUGAAAGCCAUCAAGACUGCAUUACAGAGACAAAAAUGAGAAAAGAAAGACUCAAACAGUCUAAAAAAACCCAAAUCUAAUCAAAAAUGAUGAGCAAAAGAGUCACAUCUGCAGAACAAACUUUAAGAAAAAAAAUAUUACUGUACCGUAACUGCUUUUACCGUUCACAACCUGUACUGUAAUACAAAAUAAACCGUUUUUCCAUAAA